AUGGCGGUGGCGGUGAGCUCCGACGGGGCCCGCGUGGUGGUGGGGGCCCAGAUGGACGACGACCAGGGCGACGAUUCUGGCUCCGUGCACGUCUUCGACGGUACCACCGGCGAGAGGCUGCUCAAGCUUGUGGCGAGUGAUGGGGCCGCAUACGACUAUUUCGGAAUGGCGGUGGCCGUGAUCUCCGACGGGGCCCGCGUGGUGGUGGGGGCCUACAAUGACGACGACCAGGGCGGCGAAUCUGGCUCCGUGUACGUGUUCGACACCAUCGUCACCACCAGGACGGCCACGAGUUCCGCGACGUCAAGCAUUUCUACCACCAAGACAACCACCGAGACAACCACCGAGACCAUCAAGACUUCCGCGACGACCACCAAGACGGCCACGACGACCAUUGAUACGGGCACGAGUUCGGCCAUAUCAAACACCACAGCCACCACCGAGCCAGGGGAAGUAAUUCAAAUUGCAGUCUUGAUCUUGGCUGGUGCCUGGAUCUUGUUCUUGGGCUGCGGUGUCGCGCUGGGCUGCCUGGUGAGGCGCGGGCUUGUAAGGGGCCCAACACCCUAG